CCCACAAGAGAUAAUAUAUACACAUAUAUGUGCACCAAAUUCAGAAAUAGAUAUAUAUAGUAGUUGCAUGAGAAAAGAAACUAGUAAAUUACAUCAGAGAGAGAGAGAGAGAGCCAGUGGCCAUAUUGUAAAUCUAAAGAUUUCAAUCUCUAGUCCUCUUUGGUAACAAACAACUAACUAAUUCACCCGCGGUUUCCCAAACAGAAGAGAAAGCAGCAUGUUUCAUACAUUCAUCUCCCUCACUCUCUCUCUCUACCUUCUCUCUCUCCUCCUCCCAAUAACCGCCUCGCUUCCCUCCAUCGGCGUGACGUACUCGGCGCCCACCAACAGCCAAGAAGUAGCGUCGUCGUCGGCGUCGGCUGAGAGAAUCAGCGGCGCCAUGGGGAGGCUAAAGCUGAGGUGCCUCCGGCUAGAGAAUUCAGAGCCAGCCAUCAUACGGAGCUUGUUGUACACGAACGUCACACUCUUGCUCACCAUCCCUAACUACAUGGUCACCCCAAUGGCCACCAACAGGUCCGUUGCAUUGCAGUGGCUAUACACGCACGUGGUGCCGUUUUACCCACGUGCCAAGAUAACCACCAUCUCGGUGGGUAACGCCUUCACGGACGUUUACCCUGAAUCCAUCAACAACCUCCUCCCUGCAAUCUCCAACGUACACCUGUCCCUCCGCGAUCUUGGCAUCCGCAAGAUCUCCGUCUCAACCUCUUUUUCCUUCGUCACCACCAUCUCCACUCCCUUUCCACCUUCCUCAGCUCAGUUUCAAGAACCCGCCGGCGUUAACCUCUUCGGUCCACUCCUCCAGUUCUUGACAGACACGAACUCCUCCUUCUUGAUCAACGUCUACCCUUACAACCUCUACAGGCUCAGGGCAGAGAUACCGCUCGGCAUUGCGCUCUUUCAAGAACAUCCUUUCAACUUCCGCGAUGACUUCACCACCGGCGUCCGGUACCGGAAUCUUUUCGACCUGAUGGUGGACGCGGUGGUGAGCGCCAUGGCAGUGGCGGGAUACGAGAGCAUUCCGAUUGUGGUGACGGAGACGGGGUGGCCGAGCGGAAGCGCGGCGGCGAACGAGGUGGAUGCGAAUUUGGGGUAUGCGGAGAUAUACCUGAAGGGUCUGGUGAAGCACCUCAAGUCAGGGAUGGGGACGCCUCUGCUGAGAGAUGGUGUGCGUGAGGUUUAUGUGUACGAACUCUUUGAUAAGGAAAGAACGAGUCGCAAUUGGGGGAUUCUCUACCCUAAUGGCACCGCCAAGUACCGUAUUGAUUUCUCUGCCUCCUCCUCCUCCUCUCUAGAACCUUCUUACAUUCACCUCGCAUUCGCUAUUUUCUCGCUUUUGCUUUGCUCUGUGUUGGUUCAUUAGGUUUCAAUUUUCAUUGACUCAUUAUAAUGGGAUUUUGAAAAAACUUUAGUUAGUAAAAACUGCAUUAGA